GUAAGAAGGACCAAAAAUAAAGGCAAAGGGUUUGAUGACCCAGGCCAUACACGGUGGCCAUGGAGCAGGCCAUCUUCCCUGAGGGAUGGGCCGAGAACUUGGCUACUCCCCUGACCAUAAAUGGCUUGGCCAGGGCUCCCUUGGAGCCACCUCUUGCCCUAUCACCCUUGCUCUCCCAACUGGAUAUUCCUACAAAUGUGAGACACAAGCCAAUAACACCAGUGAGAAAGGAGCUUGCCGAGGGCAGUGUUUGGAGAAGGUUCUUGGGAGACUAUCGGAAUGAGUUUUUCACUGAACUUCACACUGCCCGCCAACACGACAUCCUCCCCAGUUGUUACAGGUGGGAAAGAAGUGGACUGUGGGCCCUCUCUGGGGUUAGCAGCAGGCAUCCCGUCCCUGGUGGCCACAGCCCUGCUGGUGGCUUUACUCUUCACUCUGAUUCACCGAAGAAGAAGCAGCGCUGAGUCCCCUGAGGAAAGUGAGAGGCCAUGUGAAAUUACAGAAAUUGAUGACAAUCCCAAGAUAGCUGAGAAUCCUAGGAGGGUACCCACCCAUGGGAAGACUAUGAUGGGAGAAGAAGAAACUCACAUAUACGUGAAGACGGUCGCAGGAAGCGAGGAGCCCAUGCACAACCCUCACCAUCCUCCUGAGGAAAUGGAGAGGAGGCGAGGACUGUGGUGGCUUAUGCCCAGACUCAGCCUGGAAUGAUGCAGCUCAGUCAAGGAGCAGAGCUGGAGGCGGAACAGAGCUGAAAAACCAGAGUUUUGUGCUUGGCAUGAGGAGAGAUGCCAAGCUGCUUCUUACCGAAUCCAAAUUUCAUUGUCAGGUCUGGAAAACUAUUGGGAUGAUUUGUGCUUUUAGGGGACAGAGCCAAUAAGGUUCAUUCCAAGUCUCAGAUCUUGUGGUUUAAUAAGCAGUGAAGCACCAACUGAGGUCACUGUGCGCCCAGAAGGAGCCUUUGGGUCCUGUUCCUGACCCCAAUGAGAAUUUGCUUUUCUUUGUGAUUUUGGGAAAGGGGCUUGAUUUCUGAGGGUCUUUCCUUCUUAUCUUUUUUUUGUUGUUGUUGUUGCAACAGAGGACAGUUUAUUAGUGCAGAAAGUAACAGCUCUCAAAAUGAGAGGGGGUCCCGACUGGGGUGCCCUGCCUUCUCAUGUUUUUUCAUAUCCCAUUUCUCAAAAAGCCAUCAGACCUGGCUCCCUUGGGAGGGUUGGCCAAGGCCAGCAUGGUACAAGUUGGCAUAGAAAUGAAGCUAAGGGGGGAUGUGUGAGGGGAAGCAGUUCCUUAUUUCUGAAUAUCUCAGGGUAGAAAUCACGUGGCGCCACACAUGCCCUGACCACAGGGGCAGCACGUGGCUGGGUCAUUCAUUCAUCACUCCCACUUUUGUUUGUGAUCAGACAGUAUUUAAGGAGGGCAGCUCUGCAAUGGUGUGUGUGUGUGUGUGUGUGUGUGUGUGUGUGUGUGUGAGUGUUGAGAGUAAAGAAAGUGAAGGGAAGGCAGAGGUUGCUUCAAAUGAUUAUUAGAAAUGAGAGCUAUGGAAAUGGGGAAAAAGGCCCAAGUCUUUGGACUAUCAUGGCGGGAAAUCUCAUUAUCAGGAAGAGAGAUCCAGAGGAUUCUGCAUACAUGAACGCCAGACCAAAGGGAUGGGCUGAGGAGCAGUGUGCCUGUCACCUGUGGGAAGCCCAUGGGCAGUGUCAGCCUGCUUGCGCCAGGCCAUCACCAUCGCUUCUUUGAGGAGGCUUCUAGGAAUCCUAGUUCCCCACCCAGGGCCAUCAUUGAGGAGUAGGCCAGGUCUCCUGGUGGGAGAAGUUGGGUCCAGGGCAUCUCAGAGAGUCUAUUUACCAGUUCCAUCCACCACCUUGACAUGCUGUGGAAAUAUUGCUUUCUCAGAUUAUUCAGAAACACCCCCCUCUUUUCUUUAAAUAACCAAGAAUGGGCUCUAUAAACCCAUUCACUGUCAUAUGCCAAACCAUGCUUUUCAAAGUCUCUUGUGAAAUUUAGUUUUGUGCCAAGUCCCCUGGGUCUAGUUACCUUGACAAAGCAGGGUUGGCCAUUUUUAAGCAGAUGUGCCCAGUGAUCCAGGUUCUUGUACUUCUCUAACAUGUUGAGAAAGACCUUGAAUUUGCUGAGAACAUGACUGUGGCCUUGGCCUCGAUGCCUAUAGGUACCAGCCCUUGGGCAGAUUGUUGACCACUGGGAGGUUCAGCUCUGCACCUACACAAUGGAGAUAGCAGUUCUCAUCCUCCUACCCCCAGGGCAGUGGUGAGGCUGGACUGAAAUAUGCAUGUGAAUAAGGCUUGGAGUCUAUAAAUUGAUGUGUGACUUGUAUUUUAGAUGAUUUAUUUUAAUUCCACUUACAGUCCAUUGAUUAGAAUCUUUCUUUAAAAUUGUUUCUACUAAACUAGUAAGGUUCAGUAUUUCUGUUGUUUUUCUUGCUACAAUGCACAAAAACUUAUUUUGGAAUAAAGUGAAAAGUAAAAUGAUUAUUCUUAUGAAU